UGUAUCCCUUUGUUUGUUUUUGGAGGUUUUUACCUUUUUUCCUUCUCAUCCCAAAGACAAAAUAGUGGUCUGGGAAACUCCAGCAGUGCUUCCCAUCCACCUCACACAGCAGUUUGUUGUGCUGUUUCAACGAAACGUGCAAAUUUCACCAGCGAACGUUUGAAGCUGAGAAAAACCCUUUUUAUUUCCCAACUGAAAACACUCAGUUUAUGUGCGCUGGCACUCAGACCUGCUUUCCGACUCAUUCCCUGCCUCUCCCUCUCUGUCUCUCUCCAGCGUGUGUGUUUUUUGAUUGGAGGCUGUGUUUGCAUGGGAAGUGGGAAGGUGCAGCUGGAAUGUUGCCUGAAGGAAAGGAAAGCGCACUGCUUCCACGCUCCAGUCCUGAAGCAGCACGACGCAGAGAGAGAGAGAGCAAAGCAGCUUGACUCACAAGUGCACAGCGCUGUCUGGGUCAGAUGUGCGAGCUACUGUGAGGAGCAGCAUGCAGCUUUGUUGAAUGGAAUAAGCGGGGAAGUUGCAGGAUUCGUCGAUGAAGAAGCGGAGAUCAUUUUUCCGAACUUAGCCAGUUUGGAGGACAUCUGAACCCAACUGGUCACUCAAGUCUGGCGGCAUGAGGAGGGACCGGCUGCUGGUGGCCGUCACUUUGGUCACGCUCUUGGCGGCCGACAUCCAUUUCGUCCUGCUUCCAAGACUCAAAACCUGGUAUCACCUGCCCAGAGAAAGCUGUGCAUGCAGGGUCACCAAUGGCAGCCUGGAGAACGGAGGUGCUACGACCGUCCCGUGGACAACCAGCCAGAAUUUCACGGUGGUUUCCACCGAGCGAGGCUCCAAGCUGGAGCGGCUGUUCAGACAUCCGCUCUACAACAUCCGUCUUCCAGAACUGGGGCCUGACGAGCGGCUACUGCAAGAAGAGGAGCUCAUGAACUACUGCAAGAGGAAAGUGAGCCGCUGGGAGAGAAUGAAAAAGUUCUACAUGGAGGCGGCAGCAGCUUCAAACAUCACUAUACUCAAUCAUCCGGUGACCUUUGACCCGGAGGCCAGCUGGCUGCAGUUCCAUCUAGGGAUCAAUCGAUAUGCGCUGUAUUCGAGAGACGACAGCAGCGUCGACAGACUCCUGCGGGACAUGCAGACAGCCACCGUCAUCAGCGCAGAUUUCACUCAGGAUGAGAAAGCGCUGAAGGGUGCAUGUGACUGCUCACAAGUGGUUAAACCAAGCGGUCUUCAUCUGAAGUUGGCCCUAAAGCUCCAAGAUUUUGGCAAAGCUAUGUUUAAACCAAUGAGACAGGAGAGACAUGAAGAGACGCCGGAGAACUUCUUCUAUUUUGUCGACUUUCAGAGACACAACGCUGAGAUAGCAGCUUUCCACCUGGACAGAGUGCUGGACUUCCGGAGGGUUCCACCUGUGGCGGGACGAUUCAUUAACGUGACGGGUGAAAUUUUGUACAUAACACACAAUGAGGAGCUGCGCAGUGUCUUCUUCAACUCUCCAGCCAACAACACGUGUUUCUUUGCUAAGUGUUUAUACGUGUGCAAGUCGGAGUACGCCGUGUGUGGUCAUCCUGAUCUGCUGGAGGGCUCCAUGUCUGCUUAUCUACCGGGCUUGAGCAUCGCCCCGCGCAUCUCCAUCCCGAACCCCUGGAUACGCGCCUACAGUUUCACCGGGAGAGAGGAGUGGGAGGUCAAUCCGUUAUACUGUGAUAAUGUCAAAAAACUCUAUCCCUACAACUCUGGGAACAGACUGCUCAACAUUAUUGACAUGGCUAUAUUUGACUUUCUUACAGGAAACAUGGACAGGCACCACUAUGAAAUUUUCACCAAGUUUGGAGAUGAUGGCUUCCUGCUCCACUUAGACAAUGCCAGAGGAUUUGGCCGGCAUUCCAGCGAUGAGAUGUCCAUUCUUGCUCCAUUGACCCAAUGUUGCAUGAUCAAGCGUUCCACGCUGUUCAGACUGAAGCUUUUGGCGAAGUCCGAGUACCGCCUGAGCGACGUCAUGAGGGAAUCCCUCUCCAGAGACCCUCUCUCACCAGUUCUGACUGAGGACCACCUGCAGGCCUUGGACCGCCGGCUCGGCCAUGUGCUCAGGACAGUAGGAAAGUGUGUGAAGAAGCUGGGAGAACCACAAGUGGUGAUCACAGAUUUUGUAGAGUCAUCUAGAGUAACUACAAGCCACCCAGGAGGAAAUAACAGGUGACAGAACGAGAAGAGCGAGGGUUUGAGGAGAUAUCAGUAAUCCACUGAAGUGACGUUAUGAUAACUUCCAGACUGAGCCACUGAACUAAAUCACCUCUCCUGUCCAAAAUCAUGGCAUCUAAGGACAUCAGGAGGAAAAAUUAUUCAUAUUUCUGAUCGGUUAAAAAGGGCUGUGUGAUAUUACUAAGUCUUAAUUGUCAAAAUUAUGAGAUACAAAGUCAUAAUUAUGAAUUUAGCAAAGUCUCACAAAUUAAAAUUAAGAGAUAAAGGUCACAGAGAUAAAAAGUUGAAAUUAUGACUUAUAAUUUUGAGAGAAUCAAAAUUAUGAGAUCAUUAAGUAAUUAUUGAAAUGAAGAGCUCCGAAAUUGACAAGAAAUGUAAAUUAUGAGAUAAAAGUUGAAAUGAUCAUGAAACAUCUAAAUAUGAUAUAAAAUGUCAAUUCUAAAAAGUAAAAUUUUUGUCAUGAUGACUUAGUAUCUCAAUGUCAAUAUAUAACUAUGUAUAAUAGAAAAAGUAAAGUAUAACUUCAAAAGUAUCUUUUAACUCAUAAUGUUGACCGUUUAUCUCAUAUUUAUGACUUAUCAUAAUUAUGAUUGGCUAAAAAGGGGUGUCUGAUAGUCCUAAAAAAUCUUAAAUGUCAAAAGUGAUUAAAAGUGAUUCUCAUAAAAAAAAAGAUACAAAGUCAUAAUUAUCACAUAAGUAGAAAUAAUGAGAUAAGCCAGAAAUUAUGACUAAUAAAUAUGAUAGUAAAAAUUAUGAGAUAAUGUCAAAAUUAUGAGCUAAGUAAUUAUUGACACAAAAAAGGCCAAAUUAUCAUAAAACGGAAAUAAAAGUCAAUUCCAAUUUUUUUUUCCAAUUUUGACUGUCAUGAUGAAUAUCUCAUAAUUCCAACUUUCUCAUAAGUAUCACUUUUUGCCUAAUAAUUAACUUCAAUUUUGACCUUUUAUCUCAUGUUUAUGACUUUAUCAUACUUAUGAUUGGCUAAAAAGAGCUGUCUAUAUUACUAAAAAAUCUUAAUUGUCAAAAGUGACAAAGUCAUAAUUAUAAUAUCCAAAAUGAUCACAUAAAUAGAAAUUAUGAGAUAAGCCAGAGAGAAACAAAGAUUGAAAUUAUGACUUAUAAAUAUGAGUCAAAAUUAUGAGAUAAAUCAUUGACACAAAAAAAGUCAAAAUUAUCAUAAAAUAGUGAAAUAAAAAAUAAUUUUUCAAUUAUGACUGUCAAAUUUGAAUAUCUCAUAGUACCAAAUUUUUUAUCUCAUAAGUAUCCUUUUUUGCCUCAUAAUUAACUUAACGUAAUAUCUUAUCAUUUUGACCUUUUAUCUCGUUUAUGACUUUGUAUCAUAAUUAUGCUAAAAAGGGGCCAUGUAAUAUUACUUAAAGAAGCUCUCUACAAGCUGCUGACAUCCCUAACAUCCCCGAGCCAGACAGAUGAUGCAGCACUCGCAGGAAAGAGAAGAUCUUCAGAUCUCCUUACAUCAGCAAACACACCAAUCAUGUGGUGCUUUAACUGCACAGCAAGAAGCAUUUCCUCUGAUUAUCCGUUCCCUUUCUGUCCAUUUCUAUGCAAACACCCAUUAGUGGCGGCUGAGCUGAUGAUGUAGCACACAAAGAGGCCACAUCACCAGAGAAACUCUGCGGUAGGUUGCGAGACAUGACUUUCCAGACGGAUCGCAAGCGUGUAAUCCUCAGCUGUCUCAUCUGGCUCUACAUCGCAGGCUGUCAAGUGGGAUCUUUGAAAAUAAAUCAAAUCAAAUCAUUUGAAGUUUUUAAAGCGUUGUUGCAACUUGUGGUUCACCAUACUAUUACAAGCUGAAGCGAUCUUAAAUUUGUCAUCAUUAGUGUCUCAGCUAGCAGAAAUAAAUUUGGGUUUACUUUACCAAAUGCUCAAAAUGUUAAUUUCUGAAUUGGUGGUGGUGGAUAAACAUAAUCUAAAAAAAACUGCAAAUCAAAUCCCAGUCAUAAUUAUUUAUGACUGUUUGUCACAUUCUCACAUUGCCUCAUUAAAAUGACAAAAUAUUUGCAUACUUUUUGAUUCAGUGCAGUUGCUGACUGCCAGCUGACAGAAAGCCUUCUGUGACGUGUGUAAAAACUUGUAUUAUCUUUUAACACAUUUGAGUAUAAUAAUAAAAUUUAGGCAAAAAACAUGAUCUGAUUUUAGCACUCAAGCAGUCAUUACUUGUCUAAGAACAUGACAUGCAAAAUUAAAAUUCAGUUAAUUCAGUCCCAUCUGUUGGAUGAGAACAGAUUCGGCAAACCAAGGAUAUCUGAAAUUAUAAUUCUAAAGAAAUAUAUCUGCAGUAUGGGUAUCAACACAGCAUGAUCCUUCAGAAAUCAUUCUAAUAUGUUGAUUUGCUGCUCAAGAAACAUUUUUUUCCAAGAUUCUUUAAUGAAUAAAAAAUUCAAAAGAACAGCAUUUAUUUGAAAUAGAAAUCUUUUGUAACAUUCUAAAUGUCUGUAUUGUCACUUUUAAUCAAUUUAACACAUCCUUGCUAAAUAGUAAUUUCUUUAAAAACUCUUACUGACCAUAAACUUUUGAACGUGUACAACAAAGCACAUUGCACGUAAUAUAUCCCACAAUGCAGUGUACUCAAGUGGACCUUCCUUUUCUGUGACAAAUAAACUGGAAAUAAGUAAAACUCAUUUUAAUCAAACUGCCAAAAAUGAAUAUUUUAACACAAAAUAAAAAUAAUUUUAUCUAAUCAUUUAUAUUCAAUGUAAUAACUGGACAGCACUCAUAUGCCACAUGAUCAUGACAACCAUGCAUCAUCCUGAUGUUUGAGAUUAUUUAUUUGUUGCAUAAUGCCUACAGUUUGACUUACUAUUUAAAUUAUACAUGUAAUAAGUAAUAAAUCCAUUCUGAAUGGUCAGAUUUUUUUCUCAGUUGAACGCUGAAUAUUUAUGACAACUUUUAAGAAAUUUGAGCAUUUGCCUGGAAAGAAAGUCUUCCACUGCAUUCGAUGGUUCAAUAACAACCUUUUUAUUGCUUAAACUGCCAUUUGGAUGAUCUAUACCAAAAAGAUUAUUUUCCUGCAAAACUCACUGUAAAUCAGACUACACAUCUGGGUAACAUUGACAAAUAAAUCAUCAUCAGUGGUCAGCAAUAUAUCAGCAGCUCAUAAGACUGCAGGUCACAGAACAAGCAGAAAUGUUGGGGUUUGAAGGAGCAGCUCUAUUCAUCUGUUUAUUCAUCAGUCAUUCUGUCCAUUCACACAGACAGCCGUGAAGAUGGGUGUGCGUGAGCUUCUGGCCUUAUUAUUUCAGGGGAAAUGAACCUAAUAAAUGUGACGAAGAGGCCAAGAUAAAGCUGAAAGAAUCUGAAAAACCUUUGUGUUGCACCAUUUUAAUACGCAUUUCUCAAAAACUCAAACAAGGAACAAUAAUGAGAAUUGUUAUCUAAAUAAAGAGAAUCAGACAUCGAUCACUCUGGAUUGUUUAACAGCAAAACAGAAUAUGGACAUGUAAAUAUCAAAUACCAAUGUUGAUUUUAAAUCCUUGUGGAGUUUUUAUAAAAUGUAUCAAAGAUAUUGACGUCAUUCAUGAUGUGGAAAGCAGAAAGAAUUUCAUUGUCUGCUUUAUGACUGUUUUUGUGAGCCUCUGUUUCCAAACAGUACCAUUAGAAACCAGAGACCUCGGCAAAGACAUUAAAACCUCAUUUUAUAAUC